CCGGACUUGAAAUUGAAAGAUUACGCGCAGGACGGAACAAACGUCAACAUUCGUUGGUGACUUGGUGUGCGAACCUAUGUGAACGUAUACCUGUAUACAUAUACCCUGUCUAUAAAGAGAUUCAGAGAAGCAAAGGUGGCGGCUUCUCGCGGCGAUAGCUGGAGUUAACGAUCAUCGUAGCGAUCAUUUGUUAUUGUUUACUUCAUUAGCGCAUAAUAGAGCGCGGAUAAGAGCUGCAGUGGAAAAGCUGGCGUUACACGCCUGAGAAUAUUGAGAUUUGAAAUGUCGAUCAUACAGAAAAAGUCUGGCGGUAAGUGCGCGAUAGAGGGUUGUUCCAGUAGAGCCAGGAAAAACCCGGAUAUCAGUUUUCAUCGUUUUCCUAUGGCAAACGAGAGGUUUGUGUACAGACCCGGUGAUGAACCUGGUAAAGUUGAGAAGACGGAUAUGCAUGAGGUUUGGAAAGCCGUCACUGGAGUCAAGGUCACCAGUUCCCAGAAUACUAGAAUCUGCUCGCUGCACUUUUCGAGCUCUGACUAUUUAUAUGGAGACACAACGUCAGGAAUGAGAAGGACUUUAAAAAAAAGUGCUAUACCUUCCCGCAAAUUACCAGAUGGACAGAACGAAACCUUUGACAAAUCUGGCAUUUCACUUGUCGAAAAGAGGAACAUGGCAGAUGAGAUUAUCGACAAAGAAAAUGCAAACAGAGUUUGUAUGUUAUCGGAGUAUAUUAAGAACGAAAAAGACCUUCAAACAGCAACUGGCAUUGAAUCCUUUGAAAUUUUAAAUGCAAUCACUGAUAUGAUAGCAAAACAGUUUUUUAAGGAGUCAGAAAUAAUAACCCCCAGAAACAGGGUUAUAAUGACGUAUGUUAUGUUAAAACAAAACUUGGAUUAUAGGUUUUUAAAUAUGUUAUUCCACUGCGACGGAGCAGAGAAAUGCGAGGAAAUUUUUCAUACUACUCUUCGAGUAUUGAGCGAAUGUUUUAAAACUUUGAUAGCCUUACCAUUGUAUGAGAAAAUGUCAGAAAGCUGGCCUGUUCACUUCAGCGAAAUUAAAAUUGUACUUGAUUGUAUAGAGAUACAAGGUCACGAUUCUUGUUAUCAAGUCAUUGUAGGAUCGUCGCUUGGUGGGAUCAUCUCAUACAUUAGUGAACCUUACAAGAAAGAUGAGCACAAUGCAAAUAUUUUUUGUGAAAUUAGAUUAACAAAAUUGUUGAGACCUGGUGAUGGUGUAAUGGUAGACAGAGAAUUCCCACAUGAACAGGUCUGUAAGAUUAAUGGAUGGAAAUGUGUCAAGCCCAAAUCCUUAAAGGAACAAAAAUACCUAAAAAGAUUUAAUCAAACAAUCAAUAAUUUUAGAACAGUCGGGUCAAUAACAGAUAAAAUUGAAGAAAUUUUGAUAGUAAUCUGCGGUACAAUGAACAUGAGCACUUUAGUUGGAAAGUCUGAAACAGUGGAAAUAGAUUGAUGUUACAUAAGUUAUAAUAUAUUGUACGUGUACCAAAAAAAUAAAUUUAACUUGUCUUUUUUAAAUAUUCUUCUUGCCUUCAUUUUCAAGUAACCUCAAACAAAAAGCGAAAUUCCCGCCGUAAAUCGAUCGAUAUAUCUCGAACGCCCUCUGUCGUGGAUAUGUGUAAAAUCGCGAACAAAACAAGCAUCUCAUCAUCUGCGUGUUAUAGGAGUGUUCUUACUAAGCGCUCUCUCAUAUUCGUGUUUUUAUAGUUUUUCCCGCCUGAAUCUUAGAUGUUGUAUGUACAUAUACAUACAUGUAUGAGGACUGAGGUUGAAGUAAAGGUAUAGCCGAACUGCUGAAGUAGCUGGAAACGUUGUUUUAUAUAAUAAAACAUAAUGAACAUAGUACAAUCGUUUACUGCCCGAGAAAAAGGUUUAAAAAGUAUCCAAGGCUAUGAUAUUGCACUGUUGCGAUUGAAGUGCUACCAUGAGGAUGUCUAUGCAGGUGUUGCAGCCAAUCCAAAUGCUGCAGAUUAUAAUCCAAAGCCCCCAGUUUUUGCUUGCAAAUUUUCAUCUGCACCAGGAUAUGAACAAGUCAUAGCCCUUGCCAAUGAAGAUGGUAAAAUUGCUUUGCAGGAUACAUCAAUUGCUUAUGAUUCACAUGAACCAUUAGAGGGAACACAGGCACACAAUAAUGCUAUAUUUGACAUAGCAUGGAUGCCUCAGGAAUUAAAACUUCUAACAGCAUCAGGAGAGAGAACUGCUUGCCUCUGGGAUGUUUACUCUGAUAUCAAAGAGCUACAAGUGUUCCAUGGCCAUACACAUUCUGUAAAAAGUGUUGUUUUUAGACAUCAGGAUAAAGCUGUAUUUGCAACUGGAGCCAGGGAUGGGGCAAUCAUGAUAUGGGACAUCAGAGCAAAUCACAGUCAGGGUCAGCCUAGGCCAGAUAAUUCCAUUUUUAAUGCCCAUGAAUUAAAGGUGCCACACGCAAUCAAACAUCGCAGAACACCAUCUCAGUCAUCCAAAUCGACUACAACCCAAAGUGUCACAGCUCUUGCUUUUCAAGAUGAUUAUACUUUGCUUUCUUGCUCCGCAGGCGAUGGCUUGAUCAAAGCUUGGGAUCUAAGGAAAAACUACACUGCACAUAAAAAAGAGCCUGUAGCCAAACAUGUUAUGCACUAUGGAGGAAAAAGGAAUACUUAUAAUGGUUUUACUUCUCUGUUAGUUGAUCCAGCUGGAAUCACACUGUAUGCCAGUUGCGUGGAUAAGAAGAUUUAUGCCUACAAUAUAUCAUCCUACAAUCCAAGUCCAAUUGCCGAAUACUACGGACACGGAUCUGAUGACAAGAUUCUGUCAUUUUUCGUAAAGGCUUGUUUGAGCCCUGACGGAGAAUAUCUCGCCAGUGGAUCAAACGACGAAACGGCUUACAUUUGGCGCACGAGAAAUCCGGGAACUCCGAUAAUCAAGCUUUCUGGACAUAGGGACGAAGUCACUUGCAUUGCUUGGUGUGGUGUAGGUGAACCGAAAAUCGUCACUUGCUCAGAUGAUUGUUACCACAGGAUCUGGCGAGUAAGGCCGGAGCCAGUCAGCGACGAAGACAAAAUGAAUGUAUUCGGCUGCGCUGAGCGUUACGAACAACCAUCAAACGGAGUCCAAACUCAAUCCGACAAUCUACAAGUCUUGACCCCCCAUACGGCUUGCACGACUACUCCAAAUGGUGAAUCAAUCAGAAAGUCUGAAUCACGAUUAUCCAGCGCCAACAUUGUGUCCUCAGAGAAAAGCGAAUCGAUUCUUUCGCCGAUUCUGGAAAAGCUCGUCACCUCUCCCAGACGUUCAAGCUUGGACAAUCGUGCUGCUCGAAAAUUACAUUUUAGUCCUAGCUCGAGUGCAAAUAACAGCAAGACACCCGAACCCGUUAAUAAAAGUAGACCAGCCAGCAAAUCUGUCGAAGAAACUGUAGCUGAUCCCUGUUGCAUUGCCGACAGCAGGAAAACACCGGAACUCUUGACUCCAAGUAAACGAACUAGCAAAUUUACCGACCAAUCACUGGCUGAUUGCUCGUACGAACGAAUUCCAGCGCUACCUUUCUCACCUACUACUGGCCUUCCAAAUUUCGUAGUGGACGGCACAGCUCCUCAUCUUCUUGCCAAUUCCCCCAUCAAGGCCCGAGAUAGGAUGAAUUGGCUAACAGAACUCCACAAGAGGAAAAGCGUUGAGCGAAGCGGAAGCAGAAUAAGCCAAGAUUCGCCCAGCCCCAAGAGAAUCCGCAAGACUCCGACGAGAAGGGCUAGUAAGAUAAAGAAUGGAGAUCUGAGAAAGACGCCCAGAAGUUCGCCUUGUGCUGUACCUGCGAUCACGAAUUUUUACAAUAACUUAAGUUUAAGCAGCUCGAACCGGCAGUCACCUUGCUCAUCUUGAUACUUGUUCAGAACAAGUUUUUAAACAUUUAUUUCGUAUUUAUUUUUAUACGCAGAUUAAAAUUUUAAUUCCAUAUGCAUCUCUGCAUAAAUUGUCUUGAAGCCGUUUUCAGAUAUUUUUACACGUCUAGUGUACAAGUUGUUCUGGGAAGUACGAAGACAAUAAUAACAUGUGAUAAACAUUUUUAAGCAUAAAAAGACUUUGCAAUGUAUUUUCAUAAAAAAAUCGUUCAUGUAAAUUACUCAUUGUUAGAUAUCAUCACUGUCACGUAGAUGUCUCCUUUCUUUUAUAAAGUAUGUAGGAAUGACGAAUAUAAUACAGAUAUUCGAGUUUGGUAGAUACAUACGUCGUUUAGUAUGUAUUUUCAUCAUUGUCAUUUAAAAUACAUUUGUUUUUCAUUUCUGUGUUGUCGCAUUACUUACUUUAAUAAACAGUAUUCAUUAAUUGAA